AUGGUAACUCAAAUCAAAUCUGGGAACGAUGGAUAUCCAGUUUAUCGUCGGCGUUCAAAAGAAGAUAACGGUCGAACUAUCAAAGUUAAAGUUCAAAAUCAAGAGAUUGAGAUCGGAAAUGAAUUCAUUGUACCAUAUUGCCCGCUGCUAUCACGAAUUUUCGAAACACAUGCAAACGUUGAGAGUUGUCAUUCGGCCAAAUCAAUCAAAUAUUUGUGCAAGUACGUCACAAAAGGCAGCGACAUGGCUGUGUUUGGUAUUGCGUCGGAAAAUGUGAAUGACGAAAUCAGCAACUUCCAAAUGGGCAGAUACGUCAGUACUAAUGAAGCACUGUGGCGAUUAUUGUCAUUUCAAAUUCAUGAAAGAUAUCCCACAGUUGUACAUUUAGCAGUGCAUUUGGAAAAUGGCCAAAGAGUUUACUUCACUGAGGCUAAUGCGGCACAACGAGCUGAGAGACCACCAUCGACAACAUUGACUAGCUUCUUUGCAAUGUGUGAAGCAGAUCCAUUCGCAGCGACGCUGAUGUACGUUGAAAUGCCCAAGUAUUACACUUGGAAUCAAUCAACAAAGAAAUUCCAACGUCGCAAACAAGGAACCCCAGUUCCAGACUGGCCACAGGUGUUUUCAACUGAUGCACUAGGUCGUAUGUACACUGUUCAUCCUAGAAACGAUGAAUGUUUUUAUUUGCGACUGCUGUUAGUAAAUGUACGUGGACCGAAAUCAUUUGCGCAUUUGAAAACUGUGAAUGGCCACCAAUGCCAAACAUAUCGAGAAGCAUGUCAACUAUUGGGUUUGCUGGAGAACGAUUCUCAUUGGGAUUUAACACUUGCAGAUUCAGUUGUUUCAUCAAAUGCGUACCAAAUACGAACGCUGUUCGCAAUUAUCAUCACCACAUGUUUUCCUUCACAACCAAUUCAGUUAUGGAACAAAUACAAAGACGCCAUAUGUGAAGAUAUCUUGCAUCGCUUGCGUAUUCAAACGAAUAAUCCUGACAUCCAAAUAACCGAUGAAAUCUACAAUGAAGGAUUGAUUCUGAUUGAGGAUCAAUGCUUGACUAUUGCAAACAAGCUACUGAUUGAAGUAGGAAUGAUUGCGCCAAAUCGAUCGAUGCACGAUGCAUUCAACCAAGAAUUAAAUCGAGAGAAAUAA